CGAUGCUAAAAUUAUGGAUCGACGAGAGUACUUUACCCUAUAAAAUAUUCCCCGAUGCUAAAAUCGCCUCUUUACUUUUUCUGAAGUAAAUUUACGCCAUCUCUCCUUCAAUCUUCUUCUUAAACCUCUCAAAGACUGCCUCAAACAAGCAAGUCAACAAGUCAAUGGCGUUUUCUGAGUUUAGGCCUCUGGAAGAGAACUCACUCAUCGAAUACAUUAAAGCGACACCGUCUCUGUCAUCCAAGAUCGGCGAUAACUACGAUGGUUUAAAGAUCAAGGAAGUUGGGGAUGGCAAUCUUAAUUUCGUCUACAUCGUCGUUGCCCCUUCUGGUUCUUUUGUAAUCAAGCAGGCACUUCCGUACAUACGAUGUAUUGGUGAAUCUUGGCCGAUGACUAGGGAACGGGCAUAUUUCGAAGCGACGGCGUUAAAAGCACAUGGUGGACUAUGCCCUCAACAUGUUCCUGAAGUUUAUCACUUUGACCGUACCAUGUCUUUGAUUGGAAUGCGAUAUUUGGAGCCUCCCCAUAUAAUCUUGAGAAAAGGGUUGAUUGCUGGGAUUGAGUAUCCACUGUUGGCAGAGCAUAUGUCAGAUUACAUGGCCAAGACUCUUUACUACACUUCUCUCCUAUUUCGGUCAACUACAGAGCACAAACGUGAAGUGGCUGAGUUUUGUGGGAAUGUGGAACUAUGCAGGCUCACUGAGCAGGUUGUUUUUUCUGACCCAUAUAAAAUAUCUGAAUAUAACCUUUGGACUUCACCUUAUCUUGAUCGUGAUGCUGAGGCUGUGCGGGGGGACAAUGUAUUGAAAAUUGAAGUGGCUGAACUGAAAUCUAAGUUCUGUGAAAGAGCUCAGGCUCUUAUUCAUGGAGAUCUUCACACCGGUUCUGUGAUGGCUACCUGUGAUUCUACUCAAGUCAUAGAUCCAGAGUUUGCAUUUUAUGGACCAAUGGGAUUUGAUAUUGGUGCUUUUAUUGGAAACUUGAUUCUAGCUUUCUUUGCGCAAGAUGGACAUGCUGAUCAAGGGAAUGACAGAAAAAUAUACAAAGAGUGGUUAUUGAAGACAAUUGAGGAUACAUGGAAUCUUUUCCACCAAAAGUUCACUGCGCUUUGGGACGAAAACAAGAAUGGGUUUGGGGAGGCUUAUCUUCCAGCAAUUUAUAACAACCCUGAGCUUCAGAAGCUUGUACAAGAAAAAUAUAUGAAGGAAUUGUUCCACGAUACACUCGGCUUUGGUGCUGCUAAGAUGAUAAGGAGAAUUGUUGGUGUUGCUCAUGUUGAGGAUUUUGAAUCAAUUAAAGAAGCAGGCAUAAGAGCAGAUUGUGAGCGACAGGCUCUCGAGUUGGCCAAGACACUCCUGAAGAAAAGGCGAGAAUUUGUGUCUAUUAGUGAAGUUACUGCAGCCAUGAAGCAAGUCUAAUCAUGAUUGAAGAAACUGCUGGGCUUAGAUUGAUGGAAGGCGUUACAGGAUCCAGACAUUACCUACCAUUUGUAAUUUAAUAAAGGUUUCAUGGUCCUUAAACAAAGAGGCCUUUGAUUGUAUGUGUUUAUGACGGAAGUUUUCUGUCUAUGUAUCAUUACUGGCGGUGUUGCAAAA